AUGCGGACAGCUCCAUAUGGCUCCAAGAUGGCUGACACAGCGUCCGGGGGCUCCGGCACGCGGGCGGGCAGUAAGCAGCCGGGCACCCCGGCAGACAAUUACCAGCUGGCGCGGCGCCGCACGCUGCAGGUGGUGGUGAGCUCGCUGCUGACCGAGGCCGGCUUCGAGAGCGCCGAGAAGGCGGCGGUGGAGACGCUCACCGAGAUGAUCCAGAGCUAUAUUUCGGAAAUCGGGAGGAGUGCCAAGUCCUACUGCGAGCACACGGCCAGGACCCAGCCCACGCUCUCGGACAUCGUGGUCACCCUGGUGGAAAUGGGGUUCAAUGUGGAAACUCUUCCUGCCUAUGCCAAGCGUUCCCAGAGGAUGGUGAUCACUGCCCCUCCAGUGACAAACCAGCCUGUGACCCCCAAAGCCCUGACAGCUGGGCAGAACAAGCCUCAUCCACCCCACAUCCCCGGCCACUUCCCAGAGUUCCCAGAUCCUCACACGUAUAUCAAGACACCAACCUACCGGGAGCCGGUGUCGGAUUACCAGGUGCUUCGGGAAAAGGCGGCGUCGCAGCGCAGGGACGUGGAGAGAGCCCUCACCCGCUUCAUGGCCAAGACAGGAGAGACCCAGAGCCUCUUCAAGGAUGAUGUCAGCACCUUCCCGCUGAUUGCUGCCAGGCCUUUCACUGUGCCCUACCUGACAGCUCUGCUCCCCUCUGAGCUAGAGAUGCAGCAGAUGGAGGAGACGGAUUCCUCGGAGCAGGACGAGCAGACGGACACCGAGAACCUCCCCCUGCACAUGAGCACGGAUGAUGCAGGACCUGAGAAGGAGAACACCUCAGUGCUGCAGCAGAGCAGCUCCCUGGCAGGCAGCAGGAACGGGGAGGAGAACAUGAUUGACAACCCCUACCUGCGGCCCGUGAAGAAACCCAAAAUCCGCAGGAAGAAGUGAGGGGGGACCUGAAAUUCCUCUGGCUGCUCUGAGAAACACGCAGGGCUCAGGAGAGGCAGCCCAGCUCAAGGAGGAUCUCCCUGCAUGGUGAACUCUGCUCCCAUCCUGCUUUCCUGUGCUCCCUCUUCCCUCUGCUCCCUGGGAUGGUCCAGGAAAACCAGCUGGGAAUUGUCUGGGGACUUUGGUUUCCAAAUCCACUGUGGGGAGGAUUUGUUUUCUCAAGAGCUGAAGGACCCAGGGCUUGGAGGGAGCCAGGGCUUGGAUUUGGAGGGCACAGGAGCUGGAACUGUGGGAUGCAGGGAUUGGAUUUGGAUUUGGGUUUGGAUUUGGGUUUGGGUUUGGAUUUGGAUUUGGGUUUGGAUGACACAGGGGCUGGAGCUGUGGAACACAGGGAUUGGAUUUGAAUUUGGAUUUGGAGGGCACAGGAGCUGGAGCUGUGGAACACGGGGAUUGAAUUUGGAUUCGGAUUCGGAUUCGGAUUUGGAUUUGGAUUUGGAUUUAGAUUUAGAUUUAGAUUUAGAUUUGGAGGGCACGGAGUACAGGGGCUGGAGCUAUGGGACACAGGGAUUGGAUUUGGAUUUGGAGGACACAGGAGCUGGAGCUAUGGGAGACAGGGAUUGAAUUUGGAUUUGGAUUUGGAUUUGAAGGACAUAGGGGCUGGAACUAUGGGAGACAGGGAUUUUCCUGCUCCCACCUCCCAGCAGAGCACAUUGGAGUGUUGGUGCCUGGCAGGCUGGAAAAAGAAACUUCCAUCAACCCUUAAAUCCAAGCAAUGUGUGUUAGCAAAGAAACCUCCCAGGGAGGUUCCUCCUUUCACACUCUUGGCAGGUAAAAGCAAACAAAUCUUUUCUUUUAUAACCUGAAGGGUUUUGGUGUGCUGGUAAGGGAGUGAGGUGUAAAUCCAGAGCUCCAAGGACAUUUUAUUUCCUCUUUGCAGCUGCACUGGGGACUGAAAACCUCUCAAGUUGGAGAGCAAACCCUGAGAUGGUUUUCCUGUCACAGCUGCUUCAGGCUCCUUUGCAGGUCAUUGUUGUUUUCCACACAGCUCAAAUCCUUGGAGAGUUUCCUCCUUCCCCACUUGCUCUGGAAGUUGGAAAAUGGAACAAAGCUGCACUGAUGACAGCUUGGCUUUUAUCACCAAAACUUGGUUUUUGUCCCUGCUUUAUUUCACCCCUUUAUUUCAUUUAUUUCCAUGCCAGUGUUGUCAUUAUUGGCUGGUUCUGGUUUUGCUUUCAUUCUCCUUCAGUAUUUUCUUAGGUAAAAUAUGGGUUAAAUUUCCAUGAGAAAAGGCUCCUGUGGUUUGGUCCAAUCUUCCAAGAAUUCCAAAUUCACCUCCAUGCAGUUAAAAGGAUCCUCCCUCUUCCCCCAUCACCCAGGAAGGACGAAAAUAAAAAGAAGUUGGUUUUUUUUUUUUUUUUUUCAAUGAUCUCCUGCCAAAAAAUCUCAAAUUAAAUCUCAUUUUCUGCUCCCCUUGUGUGCCACUGUCACUUCUGCUGGUGCCUUGCUUGUACAGAAUGACAAAUGUACAGACACACCCUGUAAAUGUUUGUAUAUA